UAUAAAACUCCUCCCAGCAGACAUGCAGAGGCACACGGGCGACCAGACUCUCCAGACUUACUCUAAUUGCGUUUGCGCGUGUCUGCACUUUUCUUUCUCUGACAUGAAGGGAAGAGCUGAGUUAUUUCUUCUUUCUGCUUGUAAAUGGUACUCUUGAACUUCUGAGUGGAUCCGGCGGACUGAAAGAGCAGAAGUGGAAGAAACCAGAGGUGCAAAAAUUACUGGAGUAAGGCUACCAUGUGGCAGUUUUGGAUGAAGCUCAUCUUGGCCUGGAUCUCCCUGGCAACCCCGAUAUUUGGCCAAAGUGGAGAUGGCGACUGGGGUUCAGGCUUUGACAUCCUCCCUGCCUCGACGGCCACCAAUGACACAUUGGAGGCCGUUGGUGACGAGCCUGCGAGUGCGAAAAACAACCAUCUCUUAAUCCCGUCGUCGCCGUCCCCCUCGCUCCAAUCUGAACCCCAACCAGAUAAGUGCUCUGUCCACUUCAGCACUAAAGCCGAAACUGUUUCAGCUCGAAAGCUGAAGGCCCGGCGAGAGGAACUGGACUACCUGCGGACGAUUCAACGUGCCAACAAGGCAGUGGUGGAGAACCUGGCGCAGUUUGUGGGGGCAGAGCUGGGGGAUCAGAAAUAUGAAGAUGUGAUUAAAGAAAACAUCAUCAGCAUCCAGGAGGACCAUAAAGGCUGUAGUGAGGAUUUAGAGAAAGCUGAGGAAGAUUUGAGAAAGCAGCUGGAGGGAGAUGGCUUCGCUGGGAUGGAGAAAGUAAGAGAAGAGUCUGUGAUCUUUGAAGAGAUGCUUCGCGCUGCAGCGGACAUCGCCAGCAGGUUGGAGAGGUCGUCCCAAGCCCUGCAUGUUUCAUUUACACGGCAGCUGAAAGACAUUGUGAGAAAUUGAUGAACGGAGUUUCGAAACUGUUCAGGCGUCAGUUUCCAGUUGCAAAAUAAUAAAUAUGUGAAUAAAGGCUGGCAAACUGUUAUGUGCCAAGAUCUACAGUCCUA